AUGCAGCGCACGUUCGGAGUACCGCCUCCGGCAAUGUAUCCCUCGCAUCAGAGCAAGGAUGAGGAGGACCUCGUCCGGCAGCUCGUCGAGGCGGUCGACGUGGAUGAAGUUAUUGAGCGUAUGGAGAUGGAUCACUAUCAGCACCUUUCCCCCAUCGUGCAGAAUUUGAAGCCUUUUGACCGCGUCUCUAGCCGGGGGGAGCGCUUUGACGCGGUUCAUCCACAGGAAUCGUUAGAUGUUCGUCUGAAUGCACCUAUGCGUUCACCAGUUGACGAUGCAGAUGAGCACAAGAGCAAUCGUAGGGGGUCGUUAAGUACUUGGUCAGCACCGCGCCCCCACACGAUCAUCUCGCCACCCCUACCAGUUCAAGAACAGAAACAGCCACAACAGAAACUUCUGAACGCUCUCAGUGCGGCAUCGCCACACGUAUCGGAUGCAGAUACAUCCUCCGCGCCACACGACAAUGACCACACGGAAAAGCCCUCGCUACUCCGUCGGCACCGUUCGCGCCCUUAUAGAUCAGCCAAGCUUCGGGCGCCGGUGAAUUCCCCUAACCGCACCGAUAUGAAGGCAAUGAAUAAGCGGGAACAUAGUCUCGGGAGCCAUCAGCGUCGGCGUCAACAUGAAAGACGGCGAGCACCUUCAUUUGGCGAGGUACCUCCUCCUUACUUAAACCGCGAGUUGGAGCUCAACCGAUCGUACCGCGAGCUGUCCAACCUGCGCGCGCCUUCUGCCGACACAAGCCUGCGGGGGAACUUCGGUGCUGAACAUGUCUAUCACCAUAACCGGCAUAGUAGCGGUUUUACUGGUGGUGGAAGUGGUGCCAGUGUCGCUGCUGGGUCUCACCGGCGCGCCUUCACGCCACCGCCACCGGAGAUCUCUGCUGUGGGGCGGCACUCGCCGUCGCCGUCACCCGAUCUGCCGCCGUGGUCAGCACGAACGCAGGACGACGCCUGGGCGUACCAAAACAGCCGCAGCCUCUAUUUCGACCGCAAUGACUACUGGGGCCACAUGGAUAGGGGAUUCGAGUGUACCCCAACGGCCACAACAGAGGAGGCCCACACGCCAGACGAUGCAGACUUCGAUGAGGAGGAGGAUGGUGAGUAUGUCGCGGUGCCGCCACGUAUAAUUGAGCGUGAGCAACACCGACGGCCGCGGGUUGUGGAGCCGUUGGUGGAUAACUCCAACCUUUUCGUCGACCCCGCAGGAGAUCACAUGGGUACGCGAAGGGAGGCAGUGCCUCUAGCGGGCAACCAGCAGCACCAACACCUCCAUUACCAAGGGGGAGAGGAGGAAGAAGAAGAGGAGGCAAAGGAAGAGGAAGAGGAAGAGGAUGUUUCACAUGACCCUACCUUCAAUACACACACAGUUCGUCCGCGAUCCUCUACGAGCGCAACUGUCAAAGGCGCCGGGACGAAGAAUAAUGUUCGCAAUGCUUCGGAAGUGGAAUACCACCAUAAUACGCUUUCCUUGUCAUCGCUAGCACCAACACCGCAGGAACGCAGCUUGGCAGAUACGAAGGAGCAAGUUGAUGCGUCAAGGAUCCGCUCACAGUCGCGGAAUAGGUCGCAAUUGGUAAACGACAAGUGGGUCUCUGCGACGAUAUCGGUAAAGGACGACAACACGUCGCGUCAGGAUGCCACUUCAGGGCGGCAGAGUGGUCAUCGCAUGAGCCCUGCUUUGUCGCCAAUGCGACUCCUUGCCCCGACCUCGACUGUAAUGGACCCAAGCAAUGGUGUUUCCAGGGGCGAUAAAAACGCGGAUGCUGGGAAGGGGAGAGUACGCAGUGGCGUGGAGGAUGUGGGAGGCAGGAAUAAGAAACCCAAGGGAAAAAAUGCACAUGGGGCACGUAGAGCAAACAAGAGGGAAAAAAAGGAAAGACCACCUGUGUCUCCUGCACUCUCCGAAGGAAGCCUUUCUUCGUACUCGUACUCCUACACUAGCUAUAGUGGCUCCUCUACGCAAGACUCAGAGGAGGCACCAGCAGCGCAGAAGAAAGCGGCCACGGGGCCACGGCCAAUGCAGAGAAUCGAGACAACUUCGAGGCCGCCGGUGGGGCCUAAAAUAUUUCCAUCAAAAGGUCCAAUUGUACAUCCACCGCUUAACAAUCAUCAGGGUAAUAGGAUGAAGCAGCCAGUUUUGGCGCCACAGCAAGCUCUACAGAGGAAGCAACAGCAAGGGCCACCACCGCCACGUGGGCGGCUUGCAAUGCGUCCGCCGUCACAACGGUGUUUGUUGUCGGCAUCUCUCCCAGGAGCACCACGUGAUGGGGUGCUACACAGCAACAGCUUCCUUCGCUCCACGGAGCCGAUACGGAGACCUCCUUACACUUUUCUACAGUCUAGAGCGACGGGCCUGUCGGCUGCUCCGCCUUGUGAUGAAAGUUUGCGCAGCGCACCAAGAUCCGCGGCGUUGUCGUCAGGGCCCUACGUGUCGUAUCUACCGCACUCGGUGCGGGCGCCUACAUCCGCGAAAACGCCUGCGCAGACGACCCCUCAGGAACAAAUGCGAAGUGUCUCUAUGCCCACCUCUGUGGCUAUGGUGCAGGGCGAGGUGCGGGAAAUUGUCUGGCGCACCAGCGAUCGAGACUCUGUAGAGGGCAAGAAUCACAAGGCGCCUCCUCCCCCGGCGAAGACGAAUCUGAGUUCGCACUACAUACCCCCGCGGCCGCGCAGUGCAUCAACCGGAGCAAACCCGCCACCACCAAAGAACCUCCCGCUGCGGGCACAAGACUCGGUGCGAAAUGGGCGAAGCGCCAGUGCAAAUCGUAUCAUAGAGGUGCCACGUCAGCGACCCAGUAGGCAGCCAUCGGCCUCUGGUGGCACACAAGUGGGUAUCUCAGCACCUGCAUCUUCGGGGAAUUCACCAAACCCACAGAAGCCAAACAACCAGGGCGUGCAGGUUCCGACGUUUGUCAUACAACUCCCGCGCAAUGUGAGGCGAAGUGAAAUUGUCACGCCCUCCGCUAUCCGUGUGGAAGUAGAUCCUCCCGUGAAACAGUGA